AUGACUAUCCUAUAUUCAGCAUGUGGCACAACACAAGAAGUGACUGUUCGGAGAACAGAAUCUCUCGAUGUUCAUGGGAUUUCUGAGCUCAAGACAUUGUCCACACAAAGCAUAUUUGGAAAUGUGAAUGUCAUAUAUUUACUUGAAAAAUCCAGCCUGGCAGUGACCAUCAGUGAUGAUCAGAACAGUGUUAUCGCUCAUGCAGCUUUCUUGGAUUAUCCAAGCUGGAAUGUGGUGGACCAAUCAGAGUGGGAGGAAUGGAUACAUAAACACUAUGCGCAGAGCAGCGAGUGCACGCCCCUGAACACACUGUUUUUGCACCUUUUUGUGGCUAAGGAGGAAUUUUCACUACAGAGCAUCCAGGAGAUCCUCAGAUCUGUGUUUAAUGCAGUUGCAGAUGUGCACUUUAUUUGCCUAGUCAUGCCGAGCAAUGUUACGCUACCUAGUGACUUAGCAGCUGCAUUUGAGCCUAUGAAGAAAAUUGCUGAGACGAGACUUACUGAAGAACAUACAGUAUACAUAUGUUACAGA